AUAAUAAAGUUGGUCCUGUUAUUAUUAUUAUUUUCCUUGUGCCUUCGAUUAAGCCGCAUAAUCUUCAAUGUAGAUAACCUACUUCGAGAUGCAACCCAUUCGUUACCGCUAUGGAUUACCCUAUCAUUUAUGGGAUGGAGUAGAGUGGGUGGAUACUUCCGAGAGAGUUGCAUUUCUUAAUCUGCAUAGUGAAGAUCGCAGAGAUUUUGCGGUGCUUCUUGCUGGAGGAACGACCCAUUUGGUGAUGUAUAGAAGCCGUAACAUGAGUUGGACUCAAGUUGUGGACCAUCCUGAAGCGUGUUCAUAUCAAGAUAUGGUUGCAUUCAAAGGAAAGUUUUAUGCUGUUGAUUCAAGUGGAUGGGGACGGGUCUUUGUUGUCGAACUUUCUUUGGAAGUUACGGAGAUCCCCUUAGUCAGAGGAUCGCAAGAGUCUUCUAAAGAAAGUCUGGUGCAGUCAGGCGAGGAGUUGUUGCUAGUGCAACGGUUCACACCAGGGUGGCGUCAUGGUGAAUAUAUAUAUACAUGGUUCAGAGUGUUUAGACUUGAUGAAAAAGGAAGGAGGAGAAAGUGGGUUCAAGUUAAUGACUUGAAUGACCGAGUGAUCUUUCUUGGAUUUCACACGAAUCUCUGCUGCUCGGUACAUAAGCUCCCGGGUGCAAAGGAGAAUUGCAUUGUGUUUAUUGAUUCGGAUGAUGAUUUCAUCUAUGACAAUGACGCAAUCCUUAUGUUUGACUUAAUAACCAGAAGAACUAGUACUGCGUUUAAUGAAUGCAAAGGCUACAUGGGUGUGUUCGGUGCAAAUCUUGAAUCUUUGGUGUCUUGUGGACUUGUGACCAUGCCAGACCCAACGAGAAGCUCUGAUUUCUGUUAUGGAUAUUAGUCUAUUUAUUGCUUUAUUACUUUUGGUUUCUAGAUAAUGGUAUACUAAUAAAUGGGCUAGGAUCAC